AUGAUUAAAAGAUUAAGAUUCGGCGCUACACGCUUAUCACCCGAAGCAAUUAGUGAUAUAAUUACUGCUAAGGGUUCAGCAAAUGCAUUACCGAAUCUAGCUAAAAAAUAUAAUCAAACCCAAGUACUGCUAAACAACGAUGCAAGAUAG